AUGGCAGAGGAGAAGACCUUUCGCUACGGGUUCAUCAUGUUGGGUUUCUUCCUGGUGAUGACGGGGAUGUUCAUCAUGAGUGUGGAAAAACCCCAGAUCUACAUCACCUUCUGCGCCCUGGGCGUCCUGCUCGUCACCGUCGGCAUCAUCUGGAGCAUGUGCCAGUGCUACCCCAAGAUCACGUUCGUCCCCGUGGACCUGGAGGCUGAGCGGUUCCUGGAGCACAAACCCACCAUGCUGCAGGACGGGGACAGCCGCUUGAUUGUGCCCUGUCCAAACUGCGAGGCCAGCAGCCCCUACAAGAAGAGCCUGCCAUCCUACGAGCAGAUCCAGCGGCAGGAGGGGGGCUCGGCCCCGCUCCCACCCGUGGCCCAGCCCAGACCCCACG